CACACACACCACAUUAUCAUCAUCAAGUCCUUGCAAGUUGCUACUAUUCCUAUCACAAGAAAAAUAAAAACUCCCAGAAAUCUCAUCAUCAAAUUCUAGCAACUCUUUCUGUCCAGAGAAAAGAAAAUAGAUCCAAUCCUAGCCAAGGCCCCAAAGAGGUGAAAAAACCAAUGGCAGAUAGUCCAGUGUCAUUUUUAUUGGACAAACUGACUUCAUUGCUUCAAGAAGAAGUGAAUUUGCAGAGAGGGGUCCGUGAAGAUGUUCACUACAUCAAAGAUGAACUAGAACGCCACCAAGCUAUCUUGAUGGUGGCUGAUGCACUUGAAGACAAGGACCCUGAACUCAAAACAUGGGUUAAAAGGGUAAGAGAUGUUGCUCAUGACAUGGAAGAUGCUAUAGAUGAGUACAAUCUUCGCCUUGUUGACCAACAUGGACAACAAGGCAAUAACUCUCUUCACAAGAUUUCUUUUGCCUUUAAGACCAUGGGAGCAAGGCAUAGAAUUGCUUCAAACAUUCAAAGCAUCAAAUCCAAAGUGGAAGUUAUCUCACAGGGACGACCGAACGUAAGCACAAGGUUGACAAGUCAAAGGUUCUUACCAUCAUCAUCAUCAUCAAGGCUUGAUAGCCAGGGUGAUGCCCUUUUGCUAGAGGAAGCUGAUUUGGUUGGAAUUGACAAACCAAAGAAGCAUCUCAGUGAUUUGCUUUUCAAUGAAGAACAAGGUCGUGCUGUGAUUCCCAUUUAUGGAAUGGGAGGGUUGGGGAAAACAACACUUGCAAAACAAGUCUAUGAAGACCCCAGAGUCAAGAAGCGUUUCAGGAUGCAUGCUUGGGUUAAUGUUUCUCAAUCGUUUAAGCUAGAAGAGCUCCUGAAAGACCUUGUUCGCCAGCUUCAUGAAGUGAUUGGGAAACCAGCUUUCGAAGAAGUUGCACAUAUGAAGAGUGACAAGCUGAAAGAGUUGAUCAAGAAUUUGCUUCAAAGAAGCAGGUACCUCAUUGUGCUGGAUGAUGUCUGGCAUGUGAAUGUCUGGGAUGCUGUGAAACUCGCUUUGCCUAAUAACAACAGCGGCAGCAGAGUGAUGCUUACAACAAGGAAGAAAGACAUAGCCUUGUAUUCAUGUGCUGAAUUGGGUAAGGAUUUCAGCCAUGAAUUCUUACCUGAACAAGAAGCAUGGUCUCUUUUCUGCAGGAAGACAUUUCAAGGUAACUCAUGCCCUCCUUAUCUAGAAGAAGUUUGCAGGAACAUCUUGAAAUUGUGUGGAGGGUUGCCACUUGCAAUUGUAGCAAUCAGUGGUGCUCUGGCUACAAGAAGCAGAACAAAUAUUGAAGAGUGGCAGAUAGUUUGCAGAAGCUUUGGUUCUGAAAUUGAAGGCAAUGAUAAGCUUGAGGAUAUGAAGAAAGUGCUGUCCUUAAGCUUCAAUGAGUUACCUUACUAUCUUAAAUCAUGUCUGUUGUACUUAAGCAUCUUCCCACAAUUUCAUGCUAUUGAGCACAUGAGGCUGAUUCGUUUGUGGAUAGCUGAAGGUUUUGUCAAUGGAGAAGAUGGCAAGACAGUUGAAGAAGUUGCAGACAGUUACCUCAAGGAGCUUUUGAACAGAAGUUUGCUGCAAGUGGUAGCAAAAACCAGUGAUGGCAGGGUGAAAACUUGUAGAAUGCAUGAUCUUCUGAGGGAGAUUGUGAACUUGAAGUCAAAAGAUCAUAACUUUGCAACAAUAGCCAAAGAACAAGACAUGAUAUGGCCAGAGAGAGUUAGACGUCUCUCAGUCAUUAACACAACAAACACAUCACAUCAUGUGCAACAAAACAAAGCCAAAUUCCAACUUCGAUCCCUGCUAAUGUUUCCCUCAUCAGAUUCACUUGAUCAUUUUUCAAUUCAUGAGUUUUGCUCCACUGGUUACAAGCUCCUCAGGGUGCUAGACUUGCAGGAUUCACCUUUGGAGAUUUUCCCAGCUGAAGUUCUCACCCUUUGCCUUCUCAAGUUUCUAAGUUUGAAGAACACAAAGGUGAGAACCAUUCCAGGUUCAAUCAAGAAGCUGAAAUACUUGGAGACACUAGAUCUUAAACACUCUAAUGUCACUGAAUUGCCACCUGAAAUUGUGGAGCUGCAAAGAUUGCGCCAUCUCCUCGUGUAUCGCUACGAGAUUGAAUCCUAUGCUCAUUUCCACUCAAGGCAUGGCUUCAAGUUGGUUGCCCCAAUAGGAAAAAUGCUAUCUUUGCAGAAGCUGUGUUUUCUAGAGGUGGAUCAAGGAAGCAAUGACUUGAUGGUUGAGCUGGGAAAACUCACUCAACUAAGGAGGCUGGGAAUCAGAAAGAUGAGAAAAGAACAUGGUGCUGCAUUGUGUUCAUCCAUUGAGAAAAUGAUCAAUCUGAGAUCACUCAACAUAACUGCAAUUGAAGAGGAUGAGGUAAUUGACAUCCAUGACAUUUCAAACCCUCCUCAGUAUCUUCAGCAGCUGUACUUGAGUGGAAGGUUAGAGAAGUUUCCCAAAUGGAUAAGUUCUCUUAAGAAUUUGGUUAAAGUGUUUCUACGAUGGAGCAGGUUAAAGGAGGAUCCUCUUGAGUAUCUUCAAGAUUUGCCAAAUCUAAGACACCUUGAGUUUCAUCAAGUUUAUGUUGGUGAGACAUUGCAUUUCAAAGCCCCGGGGUUUCCAAGCUUGAAAGUGUUAGGCCUUGAUGAUUUAGAUGCAGUUAAAUCUGUGAUAAUUCAAGAGGGAGCAAUGCCUGGUCUUAAAAAUUUGAUUAUACAACGUUGUGGCUCAUUCAAGCAGGUACCUUUGGGCAUUGAACACUUGACUAAACUGAAAAAGAUUGAGUUUUUUAACAUGCCUGAAGAAUUGAUUAUGCCACUGAGACCAAAUGGAGGAGAAGAUUAUUGGAGAGUGCAGCAUGUUCCUGCGGUUUAUACCACAUAUUGGAGGGAUGGUGGUUGGGAUGUUUACUCAUUAGAGACUUUUGGGGAGAGGGAGAGUGAUUCCAAUGGUGGCAAUGCAAUGAGAAGUCUUGAGCUUCCUACUUUUUGGAAGGUUUAAAUCUGAGAUUGAUGUGAUUUUUUUCAUGGUGAUGGCAAUUUUUUGUUUUGCAUCACAGUGCAUGCUUAAGUGAUGGCAAGUUUUUGUUUUCCAUCAAUUAGUAUGCACAAGAGACACUAGUUUUGUUAUUCAUGUUUAACAUGAUAUUUAAUUUCAUUUCAAAUUACAUUCUCCUUUAUAAUUCUUUGUA